UCUCGUUGCUAACGCGACAUCCCGUUGAAUCAUCGGUCAACUGGUAUCAGCUUCUCUCGCUUCUCGCCAGCCACUCCUACCCCAUAGACCCCGUUCCACAUUCCUCGAUGAUAAAUGUAUCCGAUAUUGAACUUUGGAUCAUGGGGUGUGAGUUACGAACUGUAGUAGUUGACAAUGAUUUGAGAUAUUCAUUUGACACAAAGAGAAGAUGAAUAUAUAAAUGACGGCGCGCAAUUGCAUUUCCUUCUUCUUUCGUCAAUUGUCAAUUUCACCUACAACUCAAUCUAUUGCAACAGCCUUGAGCAGAGCUCAUUUCUGGCAACAAUAAAAUAGAACGUUAGGCAUUCAGAUGCCAUAUCGUCAGAUUCUGCACGCCGACGAGGUCUAAUUUCCUUCAUUCGCGUCAUCUUAAAGCAUAUUCGUUGGGAUAUUCCGCUCUUUUCUCAGGUCCCAAAUUCAACUUCCUCGCUUUAAAUGCCAUCUUCCAUUCUUAUAUACUUCCUUCUUUACCCUUCUAUUCCUCACAUCAUCUUUUUAAAAUGUGCAUCCGCCAUAUCCAGCCUUUCCCUUCUCUCUAUUGCCAAUCCCAAUUCGUCCCCUUGCAACUCACACACCCACCUAGACAUGUUAUCCUGAAGGAAAUCGAUUUUUGUCCAGGAUACGAUGUAUCAAACUAUUUGACGUGCCCCAGAGGAUUAGAAGAACUUGUGUGGGAGAUAUUGCCGUUGAACCAGGCUUGUUGCGAGUGUGAAAGCGAAUUGGGAGAAGGAAUGGGAAGAUUGAGUUUGUGAUAACGGGAUUGGGGGAGUAGUGGUAUGGAAAAAGAGGAAGAGCGAGUCUGGCUCUAUUAAGAAUGUGCAUCGCCGAACCAACCGAGCCAUCUCCUUACCCCUUUUCCCCGCUCUCUCUUCGUGUACUCGAGUAACAGUACGCUGUGUUUGGGUCAACUUUGUUCUACAUUUCUAAAUUGCUCACGAUGGAACCAUGCAGGAGGGUUGACUAAGAUUGUUUGUAAUGCGGCAUGUUUUAACAGAAGUUACGAGUUUUAUUAUUCUUCAAUUUCUCUACUAAUGAAUCAACUCUGCUGGAACGGAAUUGCUUAUCUCAGUCUUUACAUGAUGUUAUGGCUUGGAUAAUGGAUUUGGAGUUUGAACAGGGAAACGAGUUGGUGAUACCGGUGCAAUACGAACGAAUCGCUAGGAAUAAUGGCAAACUGGCAUGGAGUGGACGUAGCUAAUUGGUCUUGAACUUUAUUACUUUACUUCUCGAAAUUUUCUUUACUCAAGUAUCUCCAAACAAUGUGCUUAAUACUUAUAC